CGGAAGUAAAACUGGGAGAGGGUUUGUUUUGUUUGUGGACAAAGCCAUACCACAUAUUAUAGGGGUUAGUUAUCAGUGUAUUUGCCAUACUAGUUGAAUACUCACCUCUCAGUCGCCUGAAAAUGUCUACAUUGCAGAUGUUGCGCGUGUUCUUAAAUGAACGUUUAACUGCGGCUGCUGUGGAGAUUUUCGGGGCAGUUGAGAAAACGGUAGUCGAGUACCAGGAAGAGAAUGAUCGGCUACGGAGCCUGCUGCGGAUUACACCGGACAUAAACCUAUGUAGAAAAGAGUCCCUUCGGUUAUCUGUUGCUGUCACCGAAGAGGAGGUUCCCCCUGAGCAGCAGCACUGUGAGCAGGAGUGGAGAACCAGUCUGCAGCAGGAGGACCUAGAACCCACACAAAUUAAAGAGGAACAGGAGGAACUCUGGACCUGUCAGGAGGAAGAGCAGCUUCAAGGGCAGGAGGCUGAUAUCAUAGUUUUCAAAUUCCCUCCUCUUUGUGUGAAAAGCAAAUGUGAUCAGGAAAACCCACUUCAGUCCUUUACUCUUCCCCAAACCCAGACGGUGGAGAACAGAGACAGUAACUCUAAACCAGUGGAUCUCCCACAUUUUGACACUGUUACCCACCUAAAGGGUCUCGACAUUCCCUGUGACCCUCCAGAUAAUCAAAACUAUGCCUACAGCCACAGCACAUCUGUAAGCAGUGACCCAGUAGGACUUAGGCUGCUGUCACCAUUGCAUCCCAGCCCACCAUUGGAUUACAACCCAACAAUGAGGGAACACUGUUCCAAACCCAGCACCACGUCUAGAAAAACUCACCGCUGCUGUGACUGUGGUGAAACGUUUGCUCUGAAAGCUGACCUGCAGGGGCAUGUGACUCUCACUAAGAAGAGACCCAGUGAAUGCCGCCUCUGCCAAAAACGCUACAACUCCACCUGUAAAUUGAAGGCCCAUGUCAGACUCUGUCAUGUGGAGAGACCCUGCACCUGCCCCUUUUGUGGAAAGACCUUCAAACUCAAAGGACAUCUGUCCAGACAUAUGAGGAUUCACACAGGAGAGAAACCAUUUAGCUGUGGUGACUGUGGGAAAAGUUUCAUUCAGAAGGGGGACCUAAGGAGGCAUGUACUGACUCACACAGGAGAGAAACCAUUUAGCUGUAGAGGCUGUGGGAAAAGCUUCAAUCGGAAGGGGAACCUGAACUUGCACAUACUGACUCACACAGGAGAGAACGUCCACAAAUAAAGAAACUAAUAAAGAAAACCGAAUGAAAACACAAAGAGGAAUCAAAUUAGGACAAAGGCAUUUUUUUAGAAGAUGGACAACACUGGAUCAUUCAUUCUCUGGGUUUCAGAUAAAUAGAUGUUAAUAGAACGUUUUACAAAAAAGUAAAUUCAUGACAAAAAAGUUUGAUUUGAUCGAACAGUACAGAGUAGUUCAACUCACAGGUCUGCUGUUUAGUCUCUUGAUGUUUUCAUGUCUUUUAUAAACUGGAAUUCCUGCUAGUUUGUUUUGGAAUGUCUCCAGAAUAGUCUGACUGAUGCUAUUGAUACAUAAAAAAAUGGAUACUUCCAGAAAAUGUAUCCUUGCAUUUGUCCAAUAUUAUUUUUGAUACAUCUUGUAUUAAUUCUCUUCAUUUAUGAUAUUGAUUUAAUCGUGUGUGUGUGUGUGUGUGUGUGUGUAUGUAUAUUUUUUUAUUUUUAUAUAUAUAAAACCUCUCGCUUCCCCUCUUCCUCUAUGCUGCAAAAAGACAGUCUGGAAUGACUGACUAAAACACGGGACAGAUCAACUUUUUUUGGAAAUGAUUGGUGUUUGAAUUUGUUGCUAAAAUUCGGGACAUGAUUGUUUGGCUGCACGACGUGGAUACAAAGGACCAACAUGCAAGGCUGUCCCACACAAUCACGGGAGGGGUGCUGCCUCACUCACACCUCCUAUGGGGUUCUCGGAAGAACCUUUGGGAGCCAUUUUCAGUGCCAAGAAACCUAAGGUUCUUCGAAUAACUUUGAGAGUCUUAGAAGAACCCUUGUUGAACCCCUCAUUUUUAGAGUGUUGCAUGAUCUAAAUUUAUACUGUUUUAUGAUGAUAACAUCUAUCUUUUCAUAUUUGUGCAAAUCUUUCGAAAACAGAAAAUGGACACAAUUCAAUGGAUCUGAAUCAACAAAGGUAUGUCAAUUGGUAUUGGAAUGUUAUGCAGAUCCCAUUUACCAUCUUCCUUCCUUACCUUGUCAACAAAUAUACCAUAGGCCUCUACAUUAUGGACAAGGUAUAUGUAUGAAAACCAUUAACAAAACAGCUUUUUUCAUUCACAUUCACCACAAAAACAGGUAUGAAUACUGUCGUGUGCAUGUUUUGUUAAUCAUCUGUAUAAUUACUCUUUUUCACCCUCCCUACACCUCUGAUCAAUAUAACAGGAAACCUGUUUGAGCACCAUGCACUGCAAAAUCAUUCUGGAGAACAUCAACACAUUAACAACAACACGCCAGAGGAUAUACCCAUUGGACUUGGGGUUCUGCUGUGAGUUUACCUCAUAUUUCGAAAAAAAUUUUAUUCUGCUUUGCCACUGAAAUCAUAAUAAACACUGAGAUCAAAAAUA